AUGGAGCGGGUGGGGGAGGCGCCGGCCGACACCGCCGUCGUGCGGAGGGCGCCCUCGACGGCGCCGUCGGCGCGGGUGUCGAUCUGGGAGUCGGUGCGCGCGUGCGGGGUAUGGUCGAAGGAGGUGGACAAGGCCGAGCUGCGGAGGCAGAUCGUCAUGCCGCUCUACCUGCGCCGCGCCGUCGCGGCCGCCGUCAAGGCCAAGGACGAGGCCGCCGGCGUGGCGGCGGCAACCGCGGAGGACCAGGCGGGGGAGGACGCGGAGGGCCCGGCGGUGGCGCCCGUGGUGGUGUUCGUCAACUCGCGGAGCGGAGGGCGCCACGGGCCCGAGUUCAAGGUUCGGCUGCACGAGCUCAUCACCGAGGAGCAGGUCUUUGAUCUUUCUGUUGUGAAGCCUUCAGAUUUUGUUCACUAUGGUUUGAGUUGUUUGGAGAAGUUAGCUGACCAAGGCGAUAACCGUGCGAAGGCCGUUCGUGAGAAAAUCAGAAUUGUGGUUGCUGGGGGUGACGGCACAGUUGGUUGGGUGCUUGGAUGUCUCUCCGAUCUUUAUAAGUUGAAAAGGGAACCAGUUCCACCUACAGGAAUCAUUCCACUUGGUACAGGAAAUGAUCUUGCUAGAUCGUUUGGAUGGGGUGGCUCUUUUCCCUUUGGUUGGCGCUCAGCUGUAAAGCGUUAUCUCAGCAAAGCUUCCACUGCUCCCAUUUGCCGUCUUGACAGCUGGCAAACUGUAAUUCAGAUGCCAGAAGGAGAAAUAAAAGAGUUGCCAUAUGCACUUAAGAAAGUGGAACCUGGAGAUCGGUUGGAGAUCAGCCAGGAGAACGGCACAGAGUUAUCCGAAAAGGCUUCUUUCUAUAAAGGAGUAUUCUACAACUACCUUAGCAUUGGGAUGGAUGCUCAGGUUGCAUAUGGCUUCCAUCAUCUUCGUGAUGAAAAACCGUAUCUUGCACAAGGACCAGUUGCAAAUAAGCUGAUUUAUGCUGGAUAUAGCUGCACUCAGGGGUGGUUUUGUACACCUUGUACAGCAAGUCCUCAGCUAAGGGGGCUUAAGAACAUUUUGCGACUUUCCAUUAAAAAGGCCAAUUGUUCAGAGUGGGAGCAAGUUCAAAUGCUUUCAAACGUUAGAUCCCUAGUUGUCCUAAAUCUAUACAACUAUAGCAGUGGAAGGCAUCCAUGGGGUGAUCUUAAACCUGAGUAUCUUGAAAAGAGAGGCUUUGUUGAAGCUCAUUCAGAUGAUGGCUUACUUGAAAUAUUUGGUCUGAAGGAAGGUUGGCAUGCUUCAUUUGUUAUGGCUGAGCUUAUCAAAGCAAAGCACAUUGCCCAGGCUGCGGCUAUCAAAUUUGAAAUGAGGGGUGGCGAGUGGGAUCGAGCAUAUAUUCAAAUGGAUGGAGAGCCAUGGAAACAACCACUCUUACAGGAGCACUCAACCACUGUGGAAAUAAACAAAGUUCCCUAUCAUUCUCUCAUGAUAAAUGGGGAGCAAUGA